ACAACUUGAAGUGUUUAACAACAAUAUAUUUAUUGCUGGUCUGCUUGAGAGGGCAUCGCUGCGAUGCGACCAUCUCACGCUGCCUGGCAACCAAGAGGUUAACAGCUGGAGUCAUGGUGGCAAAUGGGGUCAUAUGAUAGAGUCGGUCAGCUGACCUUGUAAUGGUGACCCAGCUCUUGAAGUGUAUAUGAUUAGCAUGCACUUGUUGUGUUCCCAGGCAGUGAAGGAGGCGGCAUCACUACCUUGUGCAGACUGAUAAUCCAAUGUGCCCUGUAGUUGCACACAAGUUAUAUAGCAGUCUCUAAAGGGAGUUAAUUACUCCAAUCAGCCUGAUUGUAUUAGUUACAUCACAUAACAGAGGACAGUAAUUGGGACUGAUCUGUUUGACAGUCAAGUGGUUUACACGAAAUGUUUUACAAAUUACAACCCUGUCCUACCCCAAUACUUUAAACCACCCACCCUCUUUUUCUUGUUGACUGUACAUUGUUUUGAUGUACACUAAAGUCUUUCAACUAUUUGCUUGUGGACCUUCAAAAUCACAUAAAAGUAGACCACCAGAUCUCCUCAUUAAAUCUCUUGGCAAACACGUGUUUCUAAAAGAGGGUACAUGUGCCAUACAUUUACAGUGUUCUCUAGGACCUAUUAUUGGGCACACAACACAGUUGCCAUGGCUGUAAAGAUCUUUUUCCCCACCUCUUGUUCGGGGGCAGAGAGCGGGCUGCUUAUCGGUCGCUGGAUGGAAGAGCACCAUUCUGUGGUCAUCCUGGCAACACUGCAUUUUCCCUUUAUCCCCGGUACUGUGAAGAGAUAUCUGAUUGAGAUGGAGAAGAGAACAGGGCUUAGUCUUUCAGUGCUUGGAACUUGGAGCCAUCGAAAAGCAGAAAAUGAUGAGCAGAUGGAGACUUUUUUAGGUGACCUUAGCAGCAUCUUUACUCACCAGCCUUGGUUACAAAUUACGAGAGAAGCAUCCAGCAAGUUUUGGAACUGUAGCAUCUCUGGACUUCAUAAUGGGGACCAAGAGGAGGUUAUUAUCGUGUAUUAUGAUCAGCGAAAGUUGAUGCUUUCAGAGCUGCAUUCUGCCACAGAGCACUCAGAGAUUACUGCAGUAUUUGACACAGUGUCUAGGAGCCAGCCCCUUUUUGCCUUAGACAAGUAUGAUGAAGGGCCGGUGAGACUAACACACUGGCAGUCAGAUGGAAUCGAGGCCAGUAUUAUUGUGGAACUCACUAAGCAGGUCUCUGUACCUGUGUGCUCUUUCCUGUCCUUUGUGCUAUCACUAAUCACCAGUAUCUACAGCAUCAGGUUGCUGAACCUUUGGCCUCUAACUUUUCUGUGGAACAAGCUGUCAACCUGUGAGCAGCUGGGAAAACGCCUGGAGAAUCUCCGCCUCAUCAGCAGCCCCCAGAGAGCUCAGGAUCAUACUCUAUUUAUGAGAAAGGCCAAUACAUUGGUGUCACUAAUUUUGGACAUUGCUUUGGGAAUCCUGCUCAUGUCCUGGCUUUAUAAGGGGAACAGGAUUGGUCAGCUAGCAGAUACCCUCAUCCCUGUGGCAGAUCAUGUUGCACUGGAGCUCCAGGGGCUGCUGCAAUGGCUGAUGGGAGCACCAGCUGGGCUCAAGAUGAAUCGAGCUCUGGAUGAAGUUUUAGGGCGCUUCUUCAUGUAUCACAUCCACCUCUGGAUUAGUUAUAUCCGUCUCAUGUCUCCGUUCAUUGAGGGCAUCAUAUGGUACAUUGGGCUGUCGGCCUGUUUGGGUCUGUCUGUGGCUUUGUCUAUUCUGUCCGACAUCAUUGCCCUUCUCACUUUCCACAUAUAUUGCUUCUAUGUGUAUGGGGCCCGGUUGUACUGCAUGAAGAUGCACGGAUUGGCUUCUCUCUGGCGUCUCUUCCGUGGCAAGAAAUGGAAUGUCCUGCGCCAGCGAGUGGACUCAUGUUCGUAUGACUUGGAUCAGCUGUUUCUUGGGACCUUACUGUUUACCAUCCUACUAUUUCUGCUGCCAACCACUGCGCUCUAUUACUUGGUGUUUACCUUGCUGCGGCUGUUAGUGGUUCUGGUUCAAGGUGUGAUCCAUCUAGUUAUAGACCUGCUGAGCUCACUCCCCCUCUAUGCCAUAGGACUGCGUCUCUGCAGGUCUUACAUGUUGGCAGCUGGUGUAAAAUUCCGAAUGCUGGAGCAGCAGGCUGAAAAACCUCUUAGACUGUUGAUGCAGAUCAACCCCUUGUCAUAUGGACGUGUGUUGAGCACCUACAAGCUCCCAUCCAGCAGGCAUUACCCUAAAGACUCCUGGGGAUCCCUGUGCAAGAAGCUUUUUAUAGGAGAACUCAUCUAUCCCUGGAAACAAAAGGGAGAUAAACAGGACUGAGAGGAGGGAAAGGCGCAAUAUUGUUACUGGAUGACAGAGAACAUCUGAAUGCUAUAACAAAUGACUAAUAGAAUUCUUUUGUAGAUCAUCGAAUCAUCAGCCUAACUUCCUCAAAUAAUUCAGAGAACGUACUGCCUGUGCUACCAUAAUCCUGCUGGCAACGAUACAGUGUAUAUCUAAAUCCGCACAUAACAGAAGAGGCUAGAAGUGUCAUAUAAUAAUCUUCCAAAGGCGAUGGCCUGAGCAGUGGGUAUAUUCCAUCUGUAGAGCCAGCACAUGGUAUUUACAUAGGUCUCCUGCAACAAUUUACAUUCCAAUUUAUAUAUCAAGACCACUUUGCAGAAUGGCUCUCAUGAAGUCCGUUUCCUGCCGUCUGAGAAGCAUCUCAAGAUAUUAACUGAAUAUUAAACAUAUAUAGAGACAACUAAAUCAAAACUAACAGAUCUGUGCAAAAAUGAGCUGUGAUUCUAGCAGAAAUAAUGAUUUGUGGUAGUAUUAUGCUAAUCGGUAAAAGUGAUGUAAUGAUGCCACUUGGCUGAGAUGGCAUAACCCUUAGCGUACCCGUUAUGUUGAAGGAACUGACAUUGUCUGUAUUUAUUUUUGUAAUGUUAAUCUGUCUGAGCCACUGAAGGGUAACUCACCCUAUAUAUUUUUAAGAAUUUUUAUAUAUGACUAUAAAACUCUUAUCCAACA